AUGAACACAAUACACAUGGAUGACAUCUUCAUUCCCUAUCAUUUCCAAACUUCAACGAAACAGAAAGUACAAUUGCUUGGUUUACUCUUUGGAAUUUUGUUAAUUUCAGGAUCAUUUCUGCUUCUCGUGUUAAAUAAUGAAAUUCAAUUUUCAAAACAUCAUCGGAAAAGUGUGGUUUCGGAUUUUUAUCAUGACGAUUCAUGGAUUGGAAUAUUGAAUGAAAUCUUCGCUACAUUAUAUUCAUAUUUAAUUUAUUAUCUGAAUGAAAUUGGAAGGACAUUAGAUCAUUGUUUGGAUGACCAUGUCAGUGAUGGUUUGACAUCUGGCAGCAGUGAUGGAUGCUUUUCAAGAUUGAUUCGACCAAAAUCUGUCAUUCGUGGUACAGGUAGAAAAGGAAGUAGUAGUUACUUCCUCUCGUCAUCAUCGCCAUCUCCAUCAUUCAUCCUCUUUCCAAAAGACAUUCCUUCGAAUUAUCGCAAUGUCACACGAGUUGGAAAAAUUCCUCCAAAGAUUCGAAAUGGUCACCAUUGUCCAUUUAAUGGAUUUCGAAAACACACUCACUACAUGUUUUCACAAACAGUGCUUCCCACACUCUGUUAUCAUAAUAUUGAAAAUGAUCUUUAUUGUGAUUUAACAGAGGUGAGAGAAAAUUUUCAGGAUCGACUCUCUCCACAUGCUUUUAUGGGAUUUAAUAAGGAUCGACGAGUGAGAUCCUUCUUGUUUGCUCAAUGUUGUGACAAUUUCGAUUUUCGUUUUAAUUUUAAAAAACGAAUGGAUUUGAAUUCAACGAGAAUAGCUGAUCUUUCAAAAAUAGUUCCUAGACCCGUGUUAGAUCAAAUCUAUAAUUCACUAUUGAUGCAAGAUUUGAUUCGAUAUGAGGAUUUACCCAGGGCUUUCAAUUGGAAUACCUUGAAUAUUCAAGAAUUUUUAGAUGAAAAAACGAAAAGAUUGCUGGAAGAUCGAUGGCCAGAUAUUUUGUAUCAUCACAGUCGAUUAUUAGCUUCUUUAAAGUUUGGAAUGUGGGCUCAUGCGUUUACAAAAUUUGGAACAUGUGUCACUGGUCAAAUUUAUCAUAAUUAUGUGGAACAAGCUUUUCUUUCGAGUGUUAAAAACAAAUCUUCACAAAAUUCUGAAGAAAUGUUAAACGAAAUUCGCAAAAGAAUGAAAUUAGAACACAUCUAUCAUUCAGAUCCUGAACUCUAUUUUGAAUUAAUAAUUUUACUGAACUCUCGAUUUGAUUAUUUUAAAAGAAAACAUGGACAAUUAUUGAGAGAACAUUUUCCUCCCACUCUUAAUCGUACCUAUUCAGCGAGAGAAAUCAAACAACGCAUUCAACAACUCUUUCAACAUGAUGUUCUUCUCACCUGUGUAUGGUCUACCAAAUAUUCACAUCGAUUGCUCUAUCAAAUUCACACAUGCAUGAAUAUUCAACAAGUGGAACCAUUGGCAUUUUACUUGAUUGAAAGAAGACAGAAAUUAGUAUUCCAAUCGACAGAACACGAUGACGAUUCAAAUGAUUCUCAAGUUCUUUCUCUUCUCAAAGAUCCAACCAUUAAGAAAUUACUUUCUCAAAUUCAACCUGAAAGUUGUUUGAGUGUGACAAAAAAUUACAAUCGAACUCGACAUUCUGAAAUUUUUCAUCACAAUGUCACUGAUAUGUGGAAUCAUUGGAAUUAUCAUGGCAAUGACGAACCCACUCUUCUCCAUACUCGUGAAUGUGAAGAUGAAAGUCAAGUCUUUCUUCCAGAUGCUGAAACUAUUUUGAAACUAUUUUCAGAAGAACCUUCGAGUGGUAAAAUUAUAAAAAUUCCCACAGAAGAAUCAGUAGAGAAUGUCAAGUUAGAGGAGAAUAUUGAUCAUAACUCUUAA